AUGGGCCCCGAAAAGCCCCUGUCAGCUUCCAGCCGAAAUGCUCUGUCAUCUCGGAUUGGAGCGCACUUGAAAGGAAAACCAAGCGCCAAAACGUUUGACAAGCUUUGCGUUUGGUCAGGACCUAUUUCUGCAUUCUUCUUCUUUUUACUCUUUCUCACUGCAGACCUUUUACCUCCCAUUGCGCCCUAUCGCACAGCAGAAGAGGUAGUCGCUCACUAUCGCUCACAUGAAGCUGGAUUCAAGGCCGGCGCCGGUCUGAUGCAAUUCACCGGCAUGUUUUACUGUGCCUUUGUGGCGGCUACAUCUGGUCAAAUGGCGAGAAUUCCGGGCUGCACGCACACCAUGAUUGCCUGCCAGUCCAUCAGCGGUACCAUUUCUGCCUACUCCAUCACUCUCCCAUCAUUAUUCUUCUGCAUCACGGUUUUCCGGCUUGAUCGACCUCUUGAGCUCACGCUUCUUCUCAACGACAUGACGUGGAUGAUUACGGCGAUCCCUUUUGUCACCUUUAUCGGCUCCAACUUUGCCUUUUCCUGGGCGAUACUGAGCGAUACAAGGGAAGUUCCCCUAUUUCCUCGCUGGGUUGCCUAUGCCUCUUCGAUCUGGCCCCUGGGAUUUCUUGGAGCCUUGGGUAUUCAUUGUAGCAAGCGAGGGGCUUUUGCUUGGCAUGGAGCGAUGGCAUUUUGGGUUCCAGCCGCCUCCUUUGGUUUUUCUCUGCUUCUCAACACUUACUACCUGCUAAAGGCGAUUGACAAGCAUGAUGAGCCAAAUGCACAUUUACAACAUGAAGUGGGACACUGA